AUGUCGCAAACUACUGUUACCGACACUGAAAUGCAGCCUCGAAUAGCCGUGAUGGGCAAGGUCGAUUCGCGACAAAGCUCUCGAGGCCUAGAGGUUCAUACCGACCAAGACAGGGCCCCCAACAACGUCGCAAGCACCGAUCGCAUACAACCCUUACCCCUGGACACAUCUGAACCCCCUUCCCCACGAGAUAUCCACGGGAUCAAGUGGGCGUUCGCUGUGACUGCCAUCUUGUCCAGCGUGUUCUUAUUCGCGCUGGAUCAGACUAUUGUCGCGGAUGUUCAGCCAAAUAUUAUCGCCGAGUUUAAGUCAAUUUCUAAAUUACCUUGGCUGUCGGUGUCAUUUCUUCUCGGAACUGCGAGCACUAAUCUGCUCUGGGGGCGAAUAUAUAGCCAAUUUAAUCCAAAAUGGAUCUAUGUGCUCUGCGUGUAUAUCGGCAUCAUCGGAGUGGUAUUCGGCUUUGGCACCGUAUGGGCCUUUUAUAUCAAUCUUUGCAUCGGAGGCGCCUUUGCGCCAGCGUAUUUCUUCUUGCUUCCAUCCCGUGAUCUCCGGCCGGGGAUGAAGUUCCGGGACCGAAUGAAGGCUGUGGACUGGAUAGGAAACACUCUCGUGAUCGGGAUGUAUGUCUCUAUACUCAUGGCCAUCUCAUUUGGCGGCACAACAUUUUCGUGGAACAGCGCCCAAGAGAUCGCUCUGUUCGUGGUCGCGGGCGUUCUGUUCAUCGCGCUUAGCAUCCAUCAAGUCUGGUCUGACUGGCAGAAUCGAAUGUUUCCAGUUCAUUUCCUGAAGAAUAGAGGCCUGUUGAUCCAAUUCUUGGUGGGAGCCUCUGCGGGGACGUCGUCCUUUGUGACCAUCUAUUUCAUCCCGCUAUACUUUCAGUUCGUGCAGGACACCAAUUCUCUACUGGCAGGUGUACGGUUAUUACCAUUCAUCGGCUCCCUGGCGGUCUUCACCAUGUUAAACGGCCACCUCAUGGCACGGCUGGGAUACAGCAUGCCAUGGUAUGUCACCGGAUCUGUUCUAGUCAUCGCCGCCAACGCCAUGCUCUACCGAAUUGAUCUCUCGACGUCCAACGGAUACAUCUACGGAGCCAUGAUUCUCAACGGAAUUGGCACCGGCAUGUUUCUAAAUGCUCCAUUCGCCGUGGCCCAAUGGCUGGCUCCACGCAAGGAGACAUCGAGUGCUGUGGGAUUCAUCAUGUGUUCUCGAGGAGGAGGACUGGCGAUCGCACUGUCCAUCGCCAACGCCAUCUUUCUGAACCUAGCCGAUAACAGGAUUCGCCACGAUUUUCCCGACCUAGACAAGACGGAGAUUCAGAGUUUAACCUCCGGCUCGGGGAGCACUCUCUUGAAAACGCUGAAUCCCGACCAGCAACAGCAAGUCCUCGCUGCUAUUGUGUUUGCCAUCAGUCGUGUUUUUAUCACGUCCAUAGCCUCCGGCUGCUUUUGUCUCAUCCUAUCGCUUUUCAUGGAUCGCAAGAAACACAAGCUUGGUUAGCUUCCUGUAUUAAUAAAGGCGCAUAUUUUCUCAUUUCUCCCGAGAUGCGCCCUAGGGGAGUUUCAAUUUCAUAACAUAAGAAACGCGUGUACCAGUCACAUACUACAGGCGCCCACUGGCCCCCUUCUCCUUGUGGAGUUACUGCUCUAAUACAAUUACUUCGAAGUAGCUUGACAUUCUUCGAAACCGCGGCCGCGCCUUUUGCCAUCUAUUUACCCCCAAAACACAGGAUUACUUGAACGUGGGGAAAUUCCUCGACACCUCGCACGCAAAUG